AUGGAGGUAAGGAAUAGGAGGGGCUUGGUGGUGACUUCCAAUAACCCCUGUGGGGAACAGAAGGGGGAGUUGCUUAGCAACCCUUUACGUGAAGAGGUUGAUGGAGAGUUUCCAAGUACCACUGGAGAUUACACUGAGCUGGAUCAUCGUACCCCUAAAAUACAUUUCAUAUUGCUUUUCAGUCGACAGGGGAAAUUACGGCUGCAGAAAUGGUACACGACUCUCCCUGACAAAGAGAGGAAAAGGAUCACCCGGGAAAUUGUUCAGAUUAUUCUCUCUCGUGGUCAGAGGACAAGCAGCUUUAUUGACUGGAAGGAGCUAAAACUUGUUUAUAAAAGGUAUGCUAGUUUAUAUUUUUGCUGUGCUGUAGAAAAUCAGGACAAUGAGCUCUUGACACUAGAGAUUGUGCAUCGUUACGUGGAGUUGCUGGACAAAUACUUUGGAAAUGUCUGUGAGCUGGAUAUUAUCUUUAAUUUCGAAAAGGCUUAUUUUAUCCUUGACGAGUUUAUAAUGGGUGGAGAAAUUCAGGAAACGUCCAAAAAAUCUGCUGUCAAAGCCAUUGAAGAUUCUGAUAUGUUACAGGAGACAAUGGAAGAAUAUAUGAACAAGCCUACGUUUUAG